AUGAACUCGCUGCCUUUUAUCUCGGCGCAGUUCGACGCCGAAGGCAACAGUUUUGCCAGUGCAUAUCAAGCCCUCGAUGCUCAUCGCAUCCGAGUUACCCCUGUGCAAUCUGCCGACACUCCUUCUGUCGAGUACGCAUGUGCGAAGGGCGUGAAAAUUACCUGUUUGGUCUGGAUCGCCGGAGCAGAAAAGCAGAAGCCUCCUUCCCGCAAGCGUGCAAAGGCGGCUGAUCAGACUGGCGGCGCCCAGAUCGCGGUGGGUACCUCCACAGGCACCAUCCUGGUCUAUAGCCCGUCUUCGAAUCAGGUUCUCAAGACUCUUGGCACUGCUCCUUCUCCUGCUGUGGUUGCCUUGAGCGCUCAAAAUGACAAAUUGUAUGCCCUGCAUGCAGAUGGUACUAUUGCUGAGUGGAAUGUCGCUCGUGAGUCUGUUGCACAUACAAAAUCAGAGCUGCCCGACCUGACCGCCGUGGCUGCGCUCCCGGAUAAUGGCCUUUUGUUGGCAAAUACCCAGCCUCACUUGUCCACCAGUGAAAUCACAUCGCCCUCGGCUUCUUUUGCUGGCUUCGCCUCGCCUGUACGUCAAUUAGUCGUGGGGGCUGCCGGCGAUCGUUUUUUGGCUAUUGCCGAACAAGACCGCCUGAUCCAGUCUUACUCUGUAUCUGCUGAGAACAAUGGACACCCUCUAAACUUACUUUCCGGACCCUCUAAUGCUACAUUUGCAGCUGUUUCUAGCGACGAUUCUGGUCUAGCCGUUGCCACGGAUGAUGGUACUGUAUUGCUUUUUUCCGAGCCGUUCAAGUCCGCAGAGCAACCCGGAUCAAACUCUUCUAGCCGCCGGCGUGCAAAACCUCAGUACGCUAAACCCACCGCCAGCAUUGUCGUCAAGCGUCCGAACGGCGAUCAGGUCAAUGUUCAGCGUGUGUUUUUCUUGGACGACUUCCUUGUCCUUUCGUGGUCCGAACAGGGAGCUGUUCCCAUAUUUGCUCGCGUUCAAUGGAAAAAAGAUGGGCAAAUUAUUGACGAGACGGUUGAACUCGUCAAAGACUUUGCUGCUCCUCGUGCGUCUGAGCACUUGGUCAAUGGCGUUGACGCAGCUGCCGUUCCUGCCUACAAAGAAAGUACAGCUACCAUUUCAAGCGGCCAUCAUGUUGCUGAUCUUGAUGAUGAGGAUAGUGAUGAGGAGGGCGGUGAAACCCUCGCUGACCGCCUUGAAGCGUUGGAGGUUAAACGCCAGCAGCUGCUCGAAGACAGCGACGCUGAAGACGAGGCCCACAAAGACGGCGAGUUCAGCCAAAACGGAGGCGCUGGUAAAAUGAAGCUCUCCACUCCGGGCUCGUUUGCCGCUUUGCUAAAUCAGGCACUGGUUGCCGGUGAUAAGCAGUUGCUGGAAACCUGCUUGAGUGAACGUGAUGAAAAAACUAUCAAAACCUCGAUUAUCAAACUCGAGCCGUCGCUUGCAGCCAAAUUGCUCGAGCGGUUGGCUGAGAAAAUGGCCCGCGUUCAGCACCGGUCCGCCCAGCUCACUGUUUGGAUAAAAUGGGUCAUUGUUGUACACGGUGGGUACCUUGUCACUGUCCCGAACUUGCUGAAGACGCUGGCGUCAUUGCACUCUACAUUGGCCACGCGAGUUGCCAUCCUACCCCGCCUUCUUGCGCUCCAGGGCCGGCUGGAGCUCUUGAGCGCUCAGCUGGACGUUCGCGGUGAAAUCCUCGAAAGCAGCCGUGAGAUCGAAGACGACACCGAAGACAUUGCUGAGGCAGUUUACACUGAGGAUGCAUUCAUUGUCAAUGGUGAGGAAGACUUUGACGAGGCCGGCGAGGACGAUGAAGACGAGCAGAUCGAAGAAGACGAAGAUGUCGAGAUGCAAAUGGAAUUAGACGACGAAGAAGAAGCUGGAUUUGAGGACGAAGAUGACGAAGACGGUAAUGAUGAAGAGGAUAGCGAGGAUGAGUAG